AUGUGCAACAAAAACACCAGGAUUGUGGAGCAUCACCAGAAGGAAGCUACUCAUCACCCUCUUCCGGCCAAUAUGUUUCAAGAAAACCAGAGGAAGGAUUAUUCACUUGGCAAGAAUUUGCGGAGCUUGAUUCUCCUGCUGUUGCUGAUAGUUCAGUGGCCUCCUGAAGAGUAUGAUGUGUUGCUCAGGAUGGAAAACCAGAGGAAGGAUUAUUCACUUGGCAAGAAUUUGCGGAGCUUGAUUCUCCUGUUGCUGCUGAUAGUUCAGUGGCCUCCUGAAGAGCAUGAUGUGUGGCUCAGGACGGGUGGAGAAGCUGAGAAGAACCAAUGUAACACCGAUGAUGUGAAUGUCUUUGCUCAGAUGAUUGUUGAUGCUGGGGGCCUACAGAAGAUUAAGAACCUCCAGGCUCAUGACGACAGUAGAAAUUUGAAAUAUUUCUGUAUUAAGAGGACAAUUUCAAAGCUGAAAGCUGAAGAAAUGGCUUGUGAAUCAUUUGACGGAUCAGAGGUUUUCGAUAAAGACGAGCAUCUGCUGGAGAUUGAUUCUUUGAAUUAUGGAUGCAAGCAUUACAGAAGAAGAUGCAAGAUCAGAGCCCCAUGUUGUGAUGAGAUCUUUGAUUGCAGGCAUUGCCACAAUGAAACUAAGAACACUCUUGAAAUUGAUCCACUUCACAGGCAUGAUGUUCCACGCCAUGAAGUUAAAAGGGUCAUUUGUUCCAUAUGCGGCACAGAACAAGAUAUUCAAGAAAACUGCAUAAAUUGUGGCGUUUGCAUGGGAAAGUAUUUUUGCAAAAAAUGCAAAUUUUUUGAUGAUGAUGUCUCAAAGAAACAAUACCACUGUGACGGAUGUGGAAUAUGUAGAACCGGAGGCAAGGAGAAUUUCUUCCACUGUAACAAAUGUGGAUGUUGUUAUUCGAAUUUGAUCAAGGAUGCACAUCAUUGUGUGGAAAGAGCAAUGCACCAUAACUGUCCAGUUUGUUUUGAGUUUCUAUUCGAUACGAUGAAAGACAUUACUGUUUUACCUUGUGGGCAUACUAUACAUUUGGAAUGUGUCGAGGAGAUGGAGCUUCAUUACCGGUACUCAUGUCCUGUCUGCUCGAAAUCCAUCUGUGACAUGUCGAAUGUAUGGAGAAAGCUCGACGAAGAGGUUGCUUCGACUCCAAUGCCGGAGAUGUACAAUAAUAAAAUGGUGUGGAUACUAUGCAACGACUGUGGAGCAACGUCUGAAGUGCAUUUUCACAUCAUCGCAUGCAAAUGCUUGAAAUGCAACUCGUAUAACACUAGACAGAUACGAGGAGGCCCAGAAUCUUCUUCGUGCUCUUCUAGAAUCGCAGAGAUGGUUGGAUGA